UCUGCCUUAUUUAUAUAUGGUUACUUACCAUAAACAUUUUCUUAUCUUUUGUUGAGGCCAGGCCAGCCAUAGUUCCACCUUACAUUGAAUUCUGUCACCCAGAGCAAACAUUUUCUGGUAAUCAAUUCGUAGACCAAAUCCAGAGUCUACAUGGUUACUUUCCGGGAAGCUCACCAAGCAGAGAUCAUCUAUCUCACAACACUCUUUCAUCAAAUCCCAAGCGCGGUGGAUUCAGCCAGAUGAUCGAUAUGGAUGUUGAUCAGCCUCAUCAGUCAGGUCCCAAGCUUCGCAAGGAAUAUAAAUCACCCUUGAUUGAUUUACCAAAGUUAGACCGUCUCGAGCACCAAGCUGCGUCAGACGAAGAUCAAACACCUGUUAGGCCUGAAAAAAAACUUCGCAUGUCAGUUGCGGAUCCUGCCGAGCUUCCGGAGCGAGCUCCAAGCCUACAACGUCUCAAGACUUUAUCUCAAGCCUGCGCUUCAUCACAAGGAAAGCAAGAAACUCGGACGCAUGUCUCCCGAGUCGCAGCUUCUUCCAGUAUGAUGGCAGCAGAUGAAGGGAGUAUAAAGGAGCCAGGGAGGUAUUGGAUGAAAUUAUAUUCCAACAGACGCAGAAUCAAAUCGCUAGUUGCACAAGAUGUUCCAUCAGAAGAAGGGAAACCAACCCUUCCAGGAAUCCAUUGGCAGACAUUGUAUUCGAACAGACACAAGAUCAAGACCCCGGGAAAGGCCACUAGGUCGUCAUCGACAACCGCGACUCUGGCGUUGCAAAUCCUCGCAUUCUGGAGGAAGAUGAGCAGGAGUUUCAAGCAUUCAGUCUUACCCGAGACUCCAACCUUAAGAGGAACCUCGACCAUCUCAGUGGAUGACCGCAAGGCGAAAAUGUUGUUGGAGUUAUAUGAGCCAGGAGUGGAAGCCACUACAUCUAUAACUCAAGCCAAUGUUCGAGAUGUGGGAACCUUGAGUACAUCAGCCGAAAAUCCUGGCGAAACUUCGUCCAAGUCAUCCCAGGAUCUCAAUCUGGCACCUUAUAAUACUGGACCCUCAAACCGGGUACCUAGAUUACCACAUGAAAUCAAGACAGCCCCAGUGGAUGAGGUCAAUCCAAGGAAAAGAAAACAUUGGCGUUCAGCUGCCACCAAGGUUCGUGCAGUGAAAGCGCUCGGAGGCCUUGACAAGGCUAUCCAUAGGGCCGACCGCUUCUUCCAAAAACUUGAUGGGUUUAUAAAUGUGGUUGAUAAAUCUUUGGAACAUAUUGAUCAUGUGCUCGAAAAAGCUGAGGAGUUGGAGCAUUUUAUGGGAUUGAAAAAAACUGAUUUUGGCCAUUUAUGA